CCUCCAUCCCUCCUCUUCCUCACUCCUCCCCUCCUCCCCAUGCCCCCUACGGAGAGGUGGACGUUAUCAACUCCGUGCAGUUCUCGUGCCACACCGGCUACCCCAGGAUCGCGGGCGGCAAGCUCAACGGCGAGGAGCUGCGGACGCUGGUGGACGGCCUGGAGGAGAACGGCGUGCUGCGGCAUUCGCACCUGCUGACGGGCUACAUGGGCACGGCCUCCUUCCUCAGGGAGGUCCUCUGUCUGCGACGGCGCCUGCCGCCCGAGUGCCGCUACAUCUGCGACCCGGUAAUGGGCGACAAUGGAAAGCUCUACGUGGCCGAGGAGGUCGUCUCGGUCUACCGGGAGGAAGUGCUGCCGCACGUCACGGUCCUCACGCCGAACCAGUUCGAGGCGGAGCUCCUGACCGAGACCAAGAUAUCAGACUUGGGCUCCGCCGCGAGGGUGUGCGACAUGCUCCACGAGCGCGGGCCGCGCACCGUGGUGAUUACCACGCUGGACACCCCAGACGCGACCGAGGAC